UUGAUUCUUAUUAUUUGGGAUUUGGUUAGAGAUGGGACAUAGCUCUCAUUGCUUGAGACUUAUCUGCUUUUCUCUAACCCAGUCCUCUCCUGUUCUCCAGCAUGGUGAGUCUGUGGCUCCGUGGAAGCUCCUGCAUGGCACGUCUGACAAUGAUGCUGAUGGCGCUGAGCCUUCCCCUGGCUUUGACCAGGGACACCAGACUGUCCAGUUGGGUUCCAGGUCCAUGGUGUCCUAAACAAAGAAUUGAGCUACACACACAAGUAACAGCACGUUUCCUGGAGCAAGUUUCACAUGAGUGUCAUUUCUCCAACGGGACGGAGCGGGUGCGGUUCCUGGACAGAUACUUCCACAACCGGGAGGAGUUCGCGCGCUUCGACAGCGACGUGGGGGAGUUCCGCGCGGUGAGCGAGCUGGGGCGGCCGGAUGCCGAGUACUGGAACAGACAGAAGGACGUCCUGGAGGAUGAGCGGGCUGCGGUGGACAACUACUGCCGACACAACUACGGGGUUGGUGAGAGCUUCACUGUGGAGCGGAGAGUUAAGCCGAAGGUGACUGUGUAUCCCACAAAGACACAGCCCCUACAGCACCACAAUCUCCUGGUCUGUGCAGUGAGUGGCUUCUACCCAGGCCACAUUGAAGUCAGGUAGUCCCGGAAUGGCCAGGAGGAGCAGGCUGGGGUCGUGUCCACAGGCCUGAUCCAGAAUGGAGACUGGACCUUCCAGAUCCUGGUGAUGCUGGAAACAGUUCCUCAGAGUGGAGAGGUCUACACCUGCCAGGUGGAGCACUCAAGCCUGACGAGCCCUGUCACAGUGGAAUGGAGUGAGUGAGAAGCUUCCUGAA